AUGAAUCCAUUUGUGGAGGGCCUGCAGUUUGACUCUAGACUCUACGAAAUAGUUUCGAAGAUUGGAAAGAGAAGCGAGAAGACAAAGCUCAGGGGGCUCCUGGAGCUUAAGGAUGUACUGGAUACUGUUGAUGUGGAAGCAAACAUCGACACACUGCUAGAGAUAGUGGAGGACACCAUAAAGUCUCAGAACCUGCAGAUUAAAAAUCUAUCGAUCGACGUGCUCUACAAGCUUCUCUCUUCUGUGGAGGAUAGAUCGAAGUUCAAAAAAGUGCUCUCUGCCUGGCUUUAUGGAUUUAUAGAGAAUCCUGAAUAUGUCGUUUCGAGGAAGAUUUUCGCUGAGUUUGUCGACAUAGGAGAGCUAGAAGACGAGUUUGUGCGGAUGCUGGAUUUCAAAGAAGAUCCAGUGCUUGGAUUGGUAUGUCUUCAGUUGCUGGUGAAGAAAGGAAGAAAGGACUACUCUCGGAUGGCUGCAGAGAGCAUCGAGUACCUAGAUCUGAAUUCGCCUAGGGAGCUGAGGGAGGUCUACAAGCUAUGCAAAGCGUUGGGGAGGAUUGAAGGCUUGUAUGAAAAGGUUAUUGCGGUCAAGGGCCCCAAGCUUGCGAAUCUCAAAUGGAGACUACUUCUGGAUAUAUCCGACACUGUGCCAGAGUGUAUCAGAGACGAUGGAAAAUAUCUUGAUGGCGACAUACUUUCUAGGGUGGUGGAGAGGCUGAAUGUCUGCGAUGACAUACCUGUAAGAAGCCCCGACUCACUCAGAGUGGUCUUUUCCAAGGUCAAGAACAAGGAGGAGUAUCUGAAGGAGUAUCUGAAGAAUGGGUCUCUUGAAGGAUUAUGUAUUCUCGAGUUUCUUGGCGACUUCCAAUUCCUGAACGAGAAUGUCGACUUUGAUGUAGUUAACAGGCUGGUUAAGAACGUGAUAAACAUCCAUUUCCAAGGGGAUGAGGACAUUAGCAAGCUAGUUGCCAAGAUGGAUGUCAAGGACUCCUCCAGAAACAUGGGGCAUCUGGAUAACGGGCAAGAGGACAACCACUUCCACAAAUGCUCUUCGAUUGGUCCUGAUGGAAAUGAAGACAUCCUCAAGGCACUCCUAUCCUCGCUCGAUGGGGUCCAAGGGAAGAGGAAGAUCAUCAGAGGAGACAUCUUAAACGUAGAGCUCAACCCGCAGGAGUUCACUAGAGAGGAAGUAGAGGAAGUGUUCCAGCAUUCUGUGAAUGUAUUCCCAAAGGAAUAUAUGCUGAAUACAUCGUUCACUUGCGAUCUUCUUCCAUUAGUGUUGAAGUAUCCUGAGGAUGUGGAAGAGGAAAAGAUAAGAAAGACCGUAUGCAAGGACAGUCUCAAGUUGUUCAUGGAUGCAUGCAAGGAUCUGGACCUUCUAAGGUCACUGGUGUUUUCAUAUGAUGAUAGAUCCCUAAUGGAGAUCUACUUGUCUUCAGAUACUCCUCCAGCACUGGACCUUGACUUCUACUACAGGCUCGGAGACAGAGUAGAUCGGCCUAGGGUCAUUGACUACAGCAGGAUCCUGGAAGAGUAUUUGGACAGUGGGUUUAUAAGGAGCAUGGUUGAAAAGAACGUAAUCAACAGAGACAUGCUAUACAAUGCAGUUGUUCUUCAGCUGCCUUCGCUGGAGGUUCCAAUCAGCACCAGUUACACGAAUCCGUUUUAUGACCUGGAUGAGUGCUUCUACAAGAAUGUCGGGAUCAGAGAGCAAAGCCAAGUGCUGCUGAAACUCAGGGAUUUAUAUAUGAAAAUAUAUAAGGGUCCUGGAGAGGCAUUCCUGCUGCUUCUCCUGGACGCCAUGUGUGACGACGAAGACGAAUCUCUGGACCGAGAAUUGAGAAGCAGAGGAAUCGAGGAUGGGAGGAACAUGCUGGGUAAGAACGUUCUCCAGAGCAAGUCCACCAUCGACAGAUGGAGAGGCAUUUAUCUGGGGGAAAACCACCACUUUGUCGAGAAGGUAUUUUCUGAUCUGGGUCUUCCAUCGAGAAGAUGCAGUGACAGGAAGCUUGAGCAGCUUCUGGAACGCGGAGGACCGCGUGCAAUCGAUUAUGUCCUUAGAAAGCACGAUGUUCCGCCGCAGUUCGUUGCAUCUGUUGACUUCUCCUAUCUCAGCAACGAGGCGUUAAGCCGUGCAGUCAGUACCUUGGAGUUAGCAUGCAGAAAAGGGUUUCCCAUUAAUUUCGUAGAGCUGCCAUUCGAAGGAUGCCCAGAGUUUCCAAAUGCAGAUAGGGAGUCAGCAGACGAUAAUCUCCUAAUGUUGCUCGCCAAAUCUAAUUACAGAAACCUUAGAAGUCUUGAUAUGAAGGGUGUGGUCCGGAUGAUAGAAAGAGACCAUCUACUGUCGAGGAAGGAGUUUUAUAGAAAGAGACACACUAUAUACCUUCCGUUACUGCGGAGCAUCUAUGGCCACAUAGCUGAUUCGGUACUCAACAUGUACAGCAUAUCAAGGCUGGACAUGAACUCUGUCGAUAGUGAGGUCUAUGUUCUCCUCCGAGGGUGUUUCCUUGGGUCUACAGUUUUGUUUUGGGACCUUCUCCUGAACUCCUUGCUGAUUGUCAGGAACAUCAGCAUUAACGCCUUCUUCGAGAAGAUGGUUGGAGAAAAGGAAGAGUGGAGGGUGUUUCUUCAGGAUGCUGGCCUUGAGCAGAGGUCUCUGUUUGCAUUUGUGUUUCCCAAUAUCUUUUCCAGCAUUCCCAAGAUGGAAGUGUCUUUGGACUCGUUCAUACUAAAGGAGGCGUCCAGGACCAUAGCAGAUGUCACGGUUAAGGCCCGGAAGCUCACCAAUGGAUUUGAUAUCGGAAUCACCUAUACGGCAGGAGGCACCUUAUUCACAGCUCUGAUAGCCAUCCCAUCAGGAUAUCCAUACAAAAAGCCAAUCUUUACCUCAGAGAUCGGGAGAAAAAGCCUUUUAAACCUCAGGAUUAAUGAGAUGAUCAAGAAGUGCUCGAAGUUCAUGGAGCUUGUGGGCUUGUGGAAGAUCAACAUUGACGAGAAGAUCUCGGGGCAUAGGGAAUGCCCCAUAUGUUACUUUGUCAUAGAUAUGCACGACUCGUCGUUUCCAAGUAGUCGGUGUGCAACGUGCAAGAACAAGUUCCACACCAGGUGCAUUGUGAAGUGGGCUGCAACCGGAGCAAGAAGCAAUUGCCCAGUAUGCAGGAGGCCCAUAGAGAUCACAUCUGUAAAAGUCCCAUGA